AUGGCGGAUACUACUCAAGCGCCCGAGGUUGACUACACCCUCAACAACCCGGAUACUUUGACCAAGUACAAGACCGCUGCUCAGAUUUCGCACAAAGUGCUCGAGGCCGUCACCGCUCUGUGCGUCGAGGGCGAGAAGAUUGUCGAGAUCUGCCAGAAGGGUGACAAGCUCCUCGACGAGGAAAUCGCCAAGGUCUACAAGGGCAAGAAGAUCGCCAAGAGUAUCGCUCAUCCCACUACUGUCUCUCCCAGCUCCUAUGUGACUCCCUACACUCCUCUCACCUCCGAUGCCGCCGAGGCCGAGAUUACUCUGAAGGCCGGCGAGGUCGUCAAGAUCCAGUUGGGUGCUCAGAUCGAUGGCUUCGGUACCAUUGUCUGUGACAUGGUUGUCAUUGCCAAGAAGGAUGCCGCUAAUGAGGUUGUCACCGGCCGUGAGGCUGACCUCAUUCUCGCGACCCACUACGCCAACGAGCUCCUGCUGCGCCUGAUGAUUCCCCAGGGUCUGCUGGUCCAAGGCACCGAUGAGGAGAAGCAGAAAGCCGCUGCUCAGCGUCCCCCUACCCAGGCUCAGAUCUCCGCUCUUGUGGAGAAGGUCGCCAAGGCCUACGACUGCAAGGUUGUUGAGAACACCACCAGCUGGCUGUUUGACCGUAACGAGAUCGAGGGAACCAAGAAGAUCAUCCUGUCUCCCGGUGAGGGUGUCCGUGGUGAUGGUGUUCCCGAGGUUGGCGAGGUCUGGGGUGUUGAGAUUGGCCUCAGCUUGGGCUCCGGCAAGGUCAAGAACCUCGACCACCGUGCCACCCUGCACCGCCGUACCACCACCACCUACAUCCUCAAGCGUCCUAGCUCCCGCCAGAUUCUGUCCGAAGUUGUCAAGAAGUUCGGUACCUUCCCCUUCAGCUUGCGCCAGCUUGAUGACGAGAAGGCCGCCAAGGUCGGUGUUGUCGAGUGCGUCCGCAACGGUGUCCUGCGCCAGUACGAGCCUGCCGGUGACGCCGAGAACGCCCCUGUCUCCCGUCUGUUGAGCACCAUCGCCAUCACCAAGAACGGUCUCACCAAGCUUGCUGCGCCCAACGUCAACCUGGAGCAGUUCAAGUCCGACAAAAAGAUCGAGGAUGAGGAGAUUCUGAAGAUCCUCGAGCAGCCUCUGGCCCGCUCGACCGGCAACAAGAAGAACAAGAACAAGAAGAAGAAGGUCACUGGUGGUGACGAGUAA